CAAAAAGAGUUGAGAGAGAGAGAGAGAGAGACUCUAAUGACCCAUUUGCCAUUUGGAACUUCACUUUGGUCUGUGGUUGCUGGGUUUUGCUGAUUCACCAAACAUGGCCUUCUUCAUGAACAACACCACCAUCGGUUCCCGCUUGCGCUCUCACCUGCAGACACAAAACGAUGCGUCUUACCUAUCGGGUCGCCAAUUCCACACCGAACUAGGGCCUCGCGAGAAAGCUCUCUUGGCAGAUGACCCGAUUCUAAAUCGUUACAAAUCACAUAACAAGAGUGUGCGGCUGGUCAAAAGACUUGGAGAUGUCCUCACCAUAGUUGUAGUUGCUGGCUGUUGCUACGAAAUAUAUGUCAGAGCAGUAAUGCGAGAAGAAGCUCGGAAACAAGGCUAAGGCUGCAGAUCUCUGUAGAUUUAUUUCUCUGGCAAUUCAGAAAGUUGUUUGUGUUAAAUAAGCAGAAAUAUCUUCUUCUGACAUGCUGUGAACUUAUGUUUUUCUUUCCUCUUGAGCCUUCAUUUCUUAAUAAGGUCUGUUUUAUUUUAUACAUUAAAAUUAUGUCAAUCAAUGCAAUGGAAAUUUGUUUA